GGUCAGUCAGGAGCUCGGAAUUGCUCUUCGCAAAAUGGAUACUUUAUAUCUCAGCGAGAAUGGUAAACAUUGGCAUUGGUUCAUUAGACCACUCAGGACAUCUAGAUCACAAUCACACUCUGACUGUUUUUCAAGCAACGAAGAUUAGUAUCACGCAUUCGCUUGGCCUUAUAAGGAUCACCAGGAAGCGGCAUCCUGGCGAAUCGAUCCGUGGAAUCAUAUAUGACGCCACGACCAGAAUAUGAGAGAAGAACAUUGGUGUAUACCCUCAUAGCACUAGUUGAAAAAGCAAGCACCAUGUGGCCACUGCCGAUUUCUUGUCAUGGGACAAUUAGACUUACGG